UACAAGCAGAUGCCACUUGUCAAAUGCUCUAAGUGGGAGCUAAACUCCAGCCCUCCAGGUGGUGAUAUAAGCCUUAUCCUGAUUUCAGCUAACCCAUUUCCUAACGAGGCAGAAGCUUCCUGCUUCUGGUUGUAAACAGAAAGGAGUUGCAGCUGGCUGUGGUGGUCCACACUGCACAGAUCGGCAGCAGCAUGGCCAGUGGACAGCUGUCUAGAGAAGAGGCGUUGGCGUGUGUGGGGUGCAGACAUGCGUGUCACAUAUUGCUCUAUGCAGACACAGAAGCUCAGCUGUUCGAAGAAAUCCCCAUCAGACACAUCGUAUUGAUGCAGAUGCGUUUCGAUGGUCUGUUGGGUUUCCCUGGCGGUCUCGUUGACCCGUCAGAAGAAUCCCUAGAGGAGGGCCUGAGCAGGGAACUGUGGGAGGAGCUGGGCUUCUCACUGUCAGUCACCUUGGAGGAUCAUGUGUCUUCCUGCCACAACCCUUCCUCCUCUUCCUCUCACCUCAUUACUCACUUCUAUGCCCGGAGAAUGGAAGAGAAAGAGAUCAGGGAGGUCGAAAAGGCAGCUGCUAGCACAGCAACAGACCAUGGCCAUGAGGUAGCAAUUGUGAUGGGGAUGGUCCGACUUCCUCUCUACACACUAAAGGGAGGAGAAGGAGGGCUUCCCUCAUUCUUGUCCCACUCCUUUAUUGGGAACUCUCGCUCUCAGCUGGAGGACUCUCUAGUGCGCUUCGGCCUGGUGACACCCGAGGAGCUACAGACAGCACUCACACACGCAGAGCAGAGGAGAAAACAACCUUGGGGAGGGGCAGCCUAAUCACACACACAAUGUAAGAAAUUACAUUCAAUAUGACUUUUUCCUGUUAGUAUGUUACACACAGUUCUGUAUUAUAAAAUUGUAUAACUUACUCUAUAUACAGUUGAAGUCGGAUGUUUACAUACACCUUAGCCAAAUACAUUUAAACUCAGUUUUUCACAAUUCCUGACAUUUAAUCAUAGUAAAAAUUCCCUGUCU